AUGUCGAACAAACAGGGCAAGAUGAUCAACUACCGCAUGAGGGUUACCUUGAACGAUGGCCGCCAGAUGACCGGACAAAUGCUUGCAUUUGACAAGCACAUGAACCUCGUUCUCGCCGAUACCGAAGAGUUCAGACGCGUCAAGAUCAGACAGAACAAGCCUGCCGCCCCUGGCGCUAGCUCUAGCUCAGGCCAAACGAUCGAGAAGGAGGAGAAGCGAACCCUCGGCUUGACGAUUGUCCGCGGCGCACACAUUGUCUCCCUUUCAGUCGAAUCAGAGCCUCCUGCGGAUCCCAGUGCGCGACUUGGAAAGAGUGCGCCUGGCGGAAUCUCGGCCGGUCUCACCGCUGGUCCUGGUGUUGCGCGACCCGCUGGCCGCGGCGCCGCUCCGGCUCCCCCAUCGCUGGCCGGCCCUGCUGCUGGUGUUGGAGGUGGUGCUCCUCCCGGAUUCCCUGGCUUCCCUGGUGCCCCACCCUUCGGUGGACGUGGUGGUGAGUACACAUACCCCUCUGACCCGCGAAUGCGCUUCUCACGCGUUACAGCUCCUCCCCCAGGUUUCCCCGGCGCCUUCCCGCCCCCGGGAUUCCCUCAAAACGCCCCCUUCCCUCCUCCUGGUUUCAACCCCGGCCCUCCUGGUGGAGCCCCGGGCUUCAACCCUCCCCCGCGAAGAUAG